AUGCUUACACUUAUUUAUAUAUUAUUUAUAUUAAAAAUAAAUAUAAUUUAUGGAUUCGAUGCUGGUUUUAUACAAUUAGCAUCAUCUCGUGAACAAAAUAAAGAUACAACGCAUUAUGGCAUGACUGUUUGUGCACUUUGUCGUGUAACACUUAAUUUUUUGAAAUCAACAUAUAAUGUAGAUACAACAUAUCUAGAUACAAAAUUUGAUGAAACCAAUGGUCAAUGUCAUGAAAGUAUUAUUCGAAAUAUAAUAAAUUUAUUAAGAACUUCACAAGUGAAAGGUAUUAAUCCAUGGCUUUAUUCAAUAACAAUUAAAAAACUAGCAUCAGCAAAUACAAAAACAGAUUUAAAAGAAAUGUUUAAAGAAGAAAGCCAUGGAUUAAUACCUUUCAC